AUGUCUUUUGGCCUUACUAAUGCUCCUGCUACAUUUCAGGCCCUUAUGAAUGAAUUGUUUAAUUCUUUCCUUAGAAAAUUUGUUUUGGUUUUCUUUGAUGAUAUCUUGGUGUACACCAGCAGUAUGACAGACCAUGUUGAACAUUUACAGUUAGUUUUGGAAGUUUUGCAAAAGAACCAAUUAUUUGCAAAACUUUCCAAAUGUUUUUUUGGUCAGACUAAAGUGGAGUAUCUAGGCCAUAUUAUCUCUGAUGCAGGGGUGUCUACAGACCCUAGUAAGGUGGAAGCUAUGCAUACUAGGCCCAAGCCUAAAUCCCUUAAAUCUCUUAGAGGAUUUCUUGGUCUGACAAGAUACUACAAGCGAUUUAUAAAGAAUUAUGACAUUAUUAACAGACCAUUGACACAAAUGUUAAAAAAUGAUGGGUUUCAAUGGACUGAUGCUUAUACUGCUUUUGAGGAUCUUAAGAAAGCUAUGUGUUCUGCUCCAGUUUUAGAAUUACCAGAUUUUUCUAAGACUUUUAUCUGGAAAUAG